UUAUUUUUUUGCAAUGGAUGGCGUGGACUUAUUUAAUGUAUUUCUUGCAACACAUAAAGUACAACUUCAAUCUUAUGGUAUCCCACAUUUAUUUUGGAAAGUUUUACAUAAGAAAUUAACAGAUCAGAUUUAUGAUGCUGGUCUUGUCUUCCAAUUGACAAAAAUAGAAUAUGAAAAUGGAGAAAGGCAUGUUACAGAACCAAUAUGGAAGUUAAUUGUAUCUGCAGAGAAUGUUCCUGGCUUACUUGAUCGAAUGUGCAUUCUCAUGGGAGUAAAUACAGAGUUGGAUGAGCAGAAGAAAGUCAAAGAUGUUACAAAUGAAAUGUGGCGUUACAAUCAAUCGUAUUCGGUGAACUAUGGAGAGAUAGAAGAUAGAAUGCCAAUAUGGUACAUUAUGGACGAGGUUGGUUCAGCGAUAAAUCACAGUGAUGAGCCAAAUUUUAGAGCAGUGCCUUUUCUGUAUUUGCCAGAAGGUGUAAUUUAUACGCUUCUAUUUCCUAUAAAAGACGUUGCCACAGGUGAUGAAGUCACGAGAGAUUUUGUGGAAGGUCAAACGAAAGAUCCUGAAAAAAGACGUGCACUAUUAUUGCCUUGGGUUUACAGUAGUUUUGAAGAUGAAAGUUUUGAACAGAAUGAACCAGAUACAGAUUAUUUUUUAACAGGUCAUGUUCCUGAAAGCUUGCCGGAGAACUUGGAUGUAAUCAAGAUAGAUAAUAGCAGAAAAUUAAAGGUUUUUUCACAAUACAGUUAUGUGAAUAAUUACUUGACAGAUCCAGCAUUUGAAAUUACCGACAACGAAGAAGAGGCAGACAUAUUAUGGUUUGUAUCUCACUACAAGAGGUACAAGGAAUUAAAUGCUUCUUUAUUUCACGUUUUUGUAAAUCAAUUUCCAUAUGAGAAUGUUUUGACGACAAAGGAUCUUCUAUCGAUUGUAUGCAGAAGAAAGGCAAUGGAUAAAUUGUAUGACUCGGAUACUCUUGAAACUUAUCCAGCAUGGUUACCGACGACAUAUAAUCUGAGCACGGAAUUGGUACAAUUUGUUGCUUAUUUCAUGCAACGAGCAGAUAAGGAUUUGGAUAAUCAUUGGAUUUGCAAACCGUGGAACUUGGCAAGGGGUUUAGAUACUCAUAUCACAAAUAAUCUCUAUCAUAUUCUACGGCUGCCUUGCACAGGCCCAAAAAUUGUGCAGAAAUACAUCGAACGGCCAGUUUUAUAUAAUAGAUCGGAUAUUAAUCAAGUAAAAUUUGAUGUGAGAUACGUUGUGUUGCUCAAAUCUGUAAAGCCGCUACGUGCGUAUGCUUAUGCAAAUUUCUUCCUGCGUUUUGCAAAUCAACCAUUUGCACUGAACAAUUUUAAUGCUUAUGGGCAACAUUUCACUGUGAUGAAUUAUACCGAGGAGAAUCCACUGUUUCAUGAGAAAUGUGCCGAUUUCAUCGUAGAAUGGGAAAAUCAAUAUCCCGAUUAUCCUUGGAAAACUUAUGUUGAGCCAAAAAUUCUUUCCGUUUUAAGACAAACCUUCGAAGCUGCAGUCGUGCAACCGCCUCCAAAAGGAAUAGCCGAAAGUCCGCAAAGCAGAGCCGUAUAUGCUGCAGAUAUGAUGUUGGAAUGGAGAGACUGCGAAAUGCAGCCCAAGCUGUUGGAAAUAAAUUUUACGCCCGAUUGCCAGCGUGCGUGCGAAUAUUAUCCAGACUUCUACAAUGACAUUUUUAAAUGCUUGUUCCUAGAUAUCGACAAUCCAGAAGUUUUUCAUGUAUUAGAUUCAAUCAGCGAGUAA